AUGACGGGUGGGCGAUCGCCUUCUUCACCAUGGGUGCAGAGUGCACAGGGAAGUUCCCGCGACAGAACUGCACCCUUUCAUCCAACUUUAUCUCCAUCCAACCCUGGCAUGCAAUCCAGUGGUGAACGUCCCAGUCCCAACUACUUCGGCAUCGCAGUUGAUAACUCCAACCCAUCCACCUCGAGCCCGGGUCUGCAUACACAAAAGAACUGGGGCUCAUUACCACGAGCACAUUCGGCCCUUCCCAGCCCAAAACUCCAUCUAUAUUCACAAGAGUCGGUGUCAGAAGGUCUGGUCAAUUUGUUGAGAACAGAGUCCAAGGUCGACAAGGGACGCCGAGAAUCGGCGUUUCAAGGCCGUCCUUCGCAUGGUUCUUCGAACGGUGAUGGCCAGACGGCCUCAACGGGGUUGGAUCAUACUGAUUCUCCCGGAAAAAUCAUUGAGGCCACGAGCCGAGCACAAGAACACUCCAACGGGUGUGGGCCAACGAUGACGGAGACCACAGCCGCCUCACCGCAAAUUGCUCGAAAAGCUACUUUACCCGGGUCAUCUCAGUGGAUCUCUGACGAGCAGUGCGCUCACCUACUUCAAAGCUCUCCGCAAGAUAUUCUGUUGCUGGAUGUUCGCCCAUACGCCCAUUUUUCGCAGGCCAACAUACAUGGAUCCUUGAAUCUCUGCAUCCCUACCACUCUUCUCAAACGUCGCUCUUUCGAUACCCAAAAGCUUGCAGCCACAUUCACAAGCGACGCUGAUAAGAAAAAUUUCGCUCGCUGGAAGGAAUGUAAAACAAUCAUCGUCUAUGAUGCAGCCACCGCUGACGUCAAAGACGCUGGACCGCUCCUGAAUGUGAUUAACAAGUUUCAUGCAGAGGACUGGAAAGGUCAAGGACUGAUCUUGCAAAAUGGCUUCAAGGGCUUCUCUGAACGAUUUCCUCGAUUGAUCCACCGGCCUCAGUUGCGGACGGAAGUUUCUCCCCAGAAACGUUCUCCAAUGAGCCUUGAUAUUCACUCUAUUGCUCCUGUCGUUGGCGGAUGUGCUCUUCCGGAUUCAUCUUCCGCGGCCAACCCGUUCUUUGGUAAUAUCCGUCAGAACAUGGAUCUCAUGGGAGGCGUUGGACAGAUCCCUCUGAAAGUUCCAGAUCAUUUGUCUGAAGCUAAGAGACAGGAUCUUCCGCCUUGGCUGCGAGAAGCUGCCGACAUCAAGGAUCAGGGCCGAAUAGUCUCAGAGAGGUUUCUGGACCUAGAAAAGAGAGAGUUGAACCGGAUGAAACAAGCAUUGACGUACGAAGGAAACUCAGCUGUGGCUGGCGGCGCCUCCAAAAAGUACCGCGUCGCCGGUAUUGAAAAAGGCACUAAGAAUCGCUAUAACGAUAUCUAUCCCUUCGAUCAUACCCGAGUUAGGCUAGAGGGGAUCCCAUCGGGUGCUUGUGACUAUGUGAACGCCAAUCAUAUUCAGGCAGAGCUUAGCAACCGACGGUACAUUGCCACCCAGGCCCCUGUGCCCGACACAUUCAAUGACUUUUGGCGUGUAGUAUGGGAGCAAGAUGUCCGACUUAUUGUUUCGCUGACCGCCGAGCUCGAGCGAGGGCAAGUGAAAUGUCAUCCCUUCUGGAGAUCUGGAGACUAUGGGCCUUUCAAGGUCAAGGCUUACUCGGAGAGGUUCAUUCACGUCGAGUCCAAAGGUCGGUCAACCGAUCCUACGGCGAAGAGGCCUUUGCCAUCGGAUGCGCCGCCACAAAGUACCGACUCCUCCAACGAGAAUCCCGUCAUCAUCGUGCGACACUUCAGUCUCUGUCACACUUCUUUCCCCUUCCAGCCACUUCGGGAUAUCACGCAGCUUCAAUACCCUUACUGGCCCGACUUCGGGACCACUUCACAGCCCACUCACCUACUCAAUUUGAUUGAGCAAUGCAACAAAGUUAUUCGCUCCACCAGCACUCGAAGCUUUGGGAGUCAGGAUGCAGAGCCGAGUGGCCAGCGGCCAAUCCUUGUCCAUUGUAGUGCGGGCUGUGGUCGCACCGGCACCUUCUGCACAGUUGAUAGUGUGCUAGACAUACUGAAGAGACAGCGGUCGCAGAGCGCCGGCACUGAUGAAUUGUCUGAAUUGACUCGUGAUGCCAGCUUGGACCUGAUAUCGAAAACAGUUGAGGAUUUUCGAACCCAGAGGCCUAGUAUGGUACAGAAUCUCAGUCAAUUUGUUCUUUGUUAUGAAAGCGUCCUCGAAUGGCUUGUCUCUCAGACAGACAAGAGCGGAUGA